AUGACAAAUGCCGAAAAGCGUGGGAACUUCCCCGGCUUAUCUCUCCCAUCUCGGAAACACUCCAAUGACUCGAGUCAUCUGCCCACGAAAAUCAAAAACUUUUUCCGCAUCAACAGCUCAAGCGGCGGGAGUCCCGUUGGCUCUGAUCGAGAACGGGAGAAGGAGAACAGCCCUGCAAAGAACGAGAAGACCGGGUUUCGACAGUCCCGCUUCCUCCCUACCAUCGGUCGCAACCGUUCGACAACUGUGGCCAGCGAGGGCAAUCCUCUCGAUGAUGCUGUGUCGCCCACCGCUUCGGCAAAUCCAUACUUUGCUCAUCAGGGCCAGCCGGCCCUGCGACAUCGCAAUGAUGGAUCCGUCCCAUCGUCUCCUCCUGAUACUCCCGAGCUGCAGGUCACCGGGGUCUCGGCGGCGGAGCAGGCUGUGACGUCCAACAAGGAGGAAUUGGCUCGCAAACUCCGGCGCGUAGCCUCCGCACCCAAUGCCCAGGGCCUGUUCUCCAACGGUCAGGGCAACGCUCGUCCACAAACAGCCGAAAUGGGCCAGGAAACCGUGGUGGAACUUUCCGAGUCCCAGCUCGCCAUGGAAGAGAAAGACCAUGCCCUUACUGUACCGACCACUCGCCUAGCCAACCGGAUCGACACCAACAAUGCCGCCUUCCGCCGCACAUACAGCUCCAACUCAAUCAAGGUUCGCAAUGUGGAGGUGGGCCCAGCAAGUUUUGACAAGAUCAAAUUGAUCGGCAAGGGGGACGUGGGGAAGGUGUACUUGGUCCGAGAGAAGAAGUCAAGUCGUCUAUACGCUAUGAAGGUAUUGAGCAAAAAGGAAAUGAUUAAACGAAACAAGAUCAAGCGCGCUCUGGCGGAGCAGGAAAUCCUCGCAACCAGCAACCACCCUUUCAUCGUCACCCUGUACCACUCUUUCCAAUCGGAGGACUAUCUCUAUCUUUGUAUGGAGUACUGCAGUGGUGGAGAAUUUUUCCGAACCUUGCAAACACGCCCAGGGAAAUGCAUCUCUGAAGAUGCUGCCCGCUUUUACGCCGCCGAGGUGACAGCUGCUCUGGAAUACCUUCACUUGAUGGGAUUUAUUUACCGUGACCUCAAACCAGAAAAUAUUCUCCUUCAUCAAUCUGGCCACAUUAUGCUUUCGGACUUUGACUUGUCCAAGCAGUCUGGCCCCGGUGGUGCCCCGACAAUGAUUCCCGGGAGAAGUGGUGGCUCCUCAAUGGCUGCUCUUCCCACGAUCGAUACCAAGUCAUGCAUUGCUGAUUUCCGCACGAAUUCGUUCGUCGGCACUGAGGAAUACAUCGCCCCUGAGGUGAUUAAAGGCUGCGGCCACACCAGUGCCGUCGACUGGUGGACACUCGGCAUUCUCAUUUACGAAAUGCUGUACGGAACUACCCCCUUCAAGGGCAAGAAUCGCAAUGCAACCUUUGCUAGCAUUUUGCGAGACGAGCCUCCCUUCCCGGAACACUCGGGGGCUCAGCAGAUUUCGACUCUCUGCAAGUCGCUGAUCCGCAAGCUGUUGAUCAAGGAUGAGACCAAACGUCUUGGUGCUCGCGCUGGCGCGUCUGAUGUCAAGACUCAUCCCUUCUUCCGCACGACGCAGUGGGCUUUGAUUCGCCACAUGAAGCCGCCCAUGAUUCCUCAUCAGGGUCGUGUCGGGACCGAUACCGUCAACUUCCGCAACGUCAAGGAGAGUGGCAGUGUGGACAUUGGGGGUACCACCAACCCCAGCAAGUUGAAGGGUGUCCCUAUGGAUUCGGGCCUGGCUACUCCGAACGCAGAACUGAACGAUCCGUUCGAGGAGUUCAACAGCGUCACUCUCCACCACGAAGGGGAUCACUAA